GUUGCAAGGAAGCAUUACACAGGGUACCAUUAGGUUCAAAAAUUGUGGGGGUAACACACAAGGAACUAAACAACCAAAGGAGAGGCAUCUCUCCACAUCAUCCACCCGCUGCUGCAAAAUGUCCACUCCCUAAUCGACCAACAACAGUCCAGCGCGAAGGCGUCCGGCUGCGGCGGCCCAGGGCCUUCGCAACUGAGGUGGACAAUUGGUUGACAGCAGUAGCGGUGGCUGGCUGCGAGGGCUGUGGCGAUGGCCGUGACAAGGGCUGCGGUGACUCCGAAGUCGCGCUUGGAUGUGGCUCCAUGGGCGCGGCUUCAUCGUGUGAGGGGUUCACUGGACGGGUGAGUCUUUCUGGGACCCACACCGGGGAGCUCUGGUCCUGUGGAGAAACACAAACUGCACCUCGGUUCCAGAUGAGAACCGGGUCUGGGCCAUGCCAUUGGCUGGUAAGGACAUCCUUCCAGCGCACUUGCACUGGGGAGCUGGUUUGGCGACCAAGGCAGUGGCGGUCUGCUGCUGUUUGCCCUUUGGCAUCCAAAGUUAAAAAAUUAAAAAUGAAGAAGAUUGUGUUGAACGAGGACAGGCAACGAACUGCUGUUCUCACUCAGACUCAAGACAGAUACAACAAAAGGGGUCACGAACACCAGACAGUACACACACUUAACAAAAGACUAACACCCGCCACUAUGGUCGUGGCCAAUGACCCGUGUACACAAUCCCCCGCUCUGAUCGCGGGCCCUCACUUUUGUGGCGAGCUGGAUCCCUUUUCCUCCCCCGCUCUGAUCGCGGGCCCUCGCUUUUGUCGCGAGCCGGAUCCCUUCUCCUCCCUUGCAAGCUCUGCGGCUACCGCAGAAGUCUCCCCUACCACUUAUCUACCUGGUGGGGCUACCCGGACAAACCCGGCACGGGGGACGGCUUACCUGUCAGCUGAAAGCAGUCUCGAGAGGGGAUCAUGAAGUUCCCGGGUUUCGGCACCAGUUGUCGGUGUCAGCUCGGCCGCCGACCAGCAGGGACGAACACACCAACGCAGACAGCUUUCAGCAAGUUUAUUAUCGGGUACAAGCAGCUUGUCCGGGGAGAGCAGGAUGGAAAAGCCCUAACCUUGUCCGGGGAGAGCAGGAUG